UGUUCGUUUGUUUUCACCCAACAAAAGAAAAAUACAUGACUAUGGAAGAUCAGUUUCCGAAAAUGGAAAACUUCAUGCACAAGGAAUCGCCAUCUUAUUUUCAUAGUCUGAUGCCUUCAGGAUUGAAGUUUUUUGGCGAUUCAAACUUUUGGGGUGACUUGAAUGAGACUGCUUGCGGUGAUCACUGCCUGAAUUCUUCAUCUUCCCCACCUGAUAGAUUGUUUUCGAGUUCUGAGUCUAGUUCAUCGGCUGAAGAGGUUUCUGGUGCCAAUUUGCUUAAUAACAUUCCUGGAUUCAUCAAACAGGACGUUGUUAGGGAGCAGUUUGUUUCAGGAUUGAGUUGUGUUCAUCCACAUGGCAGAGCUUCGGUUUUUUAUGAGAAAGAUAGUUUUAUUCCUGUAAAUUUCUUGCAGUCUUUUCCGAAACUGACUCAAGCUCAAGUUUCUGAACCGCCUUAUCCAUCUUCAUUAUGUACCACGUCCAAAUUCCCAAAUUUAACUUUGUUUUUGAAGGAACCUCCCAUGUUAAAAUCUCCAGCACAAAUGGCUGAAUCAAUAGGCAAGAACCCUUCAUUUGGUCACAUUCAGUGUGAACCGGGAAACGAAUGGCUUAAAGUCAACGAAAGUUUGACGAAUUAUUCCUCCAAAGGCUUCAGUGAUUACAGGCUCAGCACAACGAAGACACAAACAAUGAAAUACACAGGAAGAAGACUGCAAAACCAACAUAAAAGAGGUCCAAAAUUGUCAUCAGUUUCAUCACCGGGAAAACUCUAUAGAGGGGUGAGGCAAAGGCACUGGGGCAAAUGGGUUGCAGAAAUAAGGCUUCCAAGAAAUAGAACAAGGGUUUGGCUGGGGACUUUCGACACAGCGGAAGAAGCCGCGAUCGCUUAUGACACAGCUGCAUAUAUCCUCCGUGGAGACUAUGCGCAUUUGAAUUUUCCGGAACAGAAGCAUCAACUAAAGAUAAGUUCUUUGAAUAGAACAACGGCAGCUCUUCUUGAAGCGAAGUUGCAGGCGUUAUCCCAAGGCAUUGCUUUGAAUAAAAAGGCUAAUGACCACCAGCAACUAUCGACUUCGCCAAAGAAAAAUUCGUCCGCUCAGAAUGCAGAAGUGCUCAAAAAUGUGCGCCAAAACACACAAACUACAACAAAUUGUCAGUUUGCGUUGGAGAGUAAAGUUGGAUCAAAAGUGAGUGAAAAUAACAAGAAAAAUCAGGAGGUUUCAUCACAUAUGGAUACUGUUCAGUUAAGUAGAAUGCCCUCCUUGGACAUGGAUAUGAUUUGGGAUGCUCUUUUGGUCUCUGAUUCAUGACAAUUUUUUCCUUUUCACAAAUCAAACUUCAUGAGGGGUUAUGUUAAUUAUCAAUGGUGGAUUUAAUUUGCUUAAGUGAUGAUUUACUUUAAGCAAUGUUUUUUCAUUUA